AUGGACAGUUCCAAGCAUUCACGCGUCUCGAUGGACUCUUCCGCCACUGUGCGUCGAAGCACUCGCAGCGGCAAGAAGGAAGCUCAACGAGCCUUUCAGUAUCCUUCGGCAUUGCGCCCAGCUUCGCGCAAGAAGAUGCCUUCUGCUGCGCCGCCAUCACGACGGGUGGAUGUCGACGAUGAUGACAUGUUUCCUCCUCCUUCCGCUAACAAGCGCAUGACGAGUCCUGCUCGCCGAGGAGAAGCCAACAAGAAGGUGCCAGAAGAGUAUCCUCCUUUCUUGGAUAACACCAGCAACAAUAGCAGCGGCGGGAUUCAAGGUGGUCAUCCUUAUGCUUCGCAAACUCGCGUCAUCGGCACGACUCCUCCUGGAUUGUGUGAGUUUCGUCGGGUCGCCUCGUCUCGAUCUAUUGCGUCUGUAUCUACCAAGGGUUCUGUGACUAGCUUUCGCGGCGGUGGGCGCUUGGCACGAGAGGCAUCUCGAGCCAGCAUCUGGUCGGCUGUCUCCAACACUUCCUCCACGUGCGAGUUGGCUCAAUACAACAGCAACACCAAAAAAGGCAGCAUGGCCAAGCUCUCUUCGUUUUCUCCCGCUUCUAGUUCUUCCUCCAACUCGCCUCCUCGCAGCAACAUGAAGACGUACCAGCGCGCUUCCGGCGUGUAUCCAAACACCGUCGGCCGGAACACGGUUUUUGGCAACCGUCCCUCCAAUCCCCAUGGCCAGGAAUUGCAAGAGGAUGAUUUCUACUAUUAG